UCAAGGCAAGAGUGUGUUGUGUUUAAAGCCCUUAAACCUCUCACCAACUGAUUGUUUGAUCGAAUAGAACUCCGCCUUCUUCCUCUAUCCUCCAAAAUCCCAAAGCUUCUGUGUUGCUUAUCUAUAUAAAAAGCUAAGUUUCUUUCGUUGUUAGAUCAUACGCAAUCGAGAACAUUGCGCAAAUGUCUCUAUCCCUAAAAAUUUCGCACAUUUCAAAUUUCUCCAAAGAUGUGUUCAAUACUGUAGAUCCCCGAAAGCAAUGCAGAGCCGGUCAAAGGUUGGAAAUUAGGUCGAUUUGUUUCCGAAGAAGCCCUGGUAUUGAAUCCAGACGGAUCCAUUGGAGCUCGGAGCUGUCUCCUCGGAAACUGAGGAACCGAUGCAUUGGAUCGGAUGUGGUCGCUGGAGAAAUCUCCGGCAGAUCGGUGCCGGAAUGGGCAUAUAGCGGCUUAAAGGAUGUGGCUUUAAGCGAUUUGGAGCCGGAACUCGAUUGCGGCGGCGGCGAUGGCGACGGAGAUGACAAUGGGAAUAACGACGGAAAUGGGAAUAGUGGUAACGGCGGAGGAGGAGACGGAGGUGACGAGGAUGGAGAGGAUGAAGCAGAUAAAGCUGAGGAGAAGGAGUUUGGUCCGAUACUGAAAUUCGAAGAAGUCAUGAAAGAGACAGAGCGUAGAGGGAUUACGCUACCUGAGGAUAUGUUGGAGGCUGCGAAAUCCGUGGGGAUUCGGAAACUGUUCCUUCUUCGUUACCUUGAUCUACAGGGUUCUGUUUGGCCACUUGGGUUUCUGAUGAGGACUUGCUCGAUGCUUCGAAACAGAAUGCUUGCGGAUCCUUCGUUUCUCUUUAAAGUUGGAACUGAGAUAGCCAUAGACUCCUGCUGUGCAACUUUUGCAGAAGUACAGAAGAGAGGGGAAGAUUUCUGGUCAGAGUUUGAGUUGUAUGCGGCUGAUCUUUUGGUUGGUCUCGUGGUUGAUGUUGCUUUGGUUGGACUUUUGGCUCCCUAUGCGCGUAUCGGGAAGCCAUCCGUGGCUUCAACAGGUUUGUUUAAAGACGUUAAGCGUGCUUGUGCAGCCCUUCCUAGCAGUGUUUUUGAAGCUGAAAGGCCAGGCUGUAAAUUCUCGGUUAACCAGCGCAUUGCAACUUUCUUCUACAAGGGCCUCUUGUAUGGGUCCGUUGGGUUCGGUUGCGGUCUCAUCGGUCAGGGAAUUGCAAAUCUGAUCAUGACGGCAAAACGGAGUAUAAAGAAAUCAGAAGAAGACGUCCCUGUUCCACCUCUAUUCGAAAGCGCUGCUCUCUGGGGUGUGUUCCUUGGCUUGUCUUCCAACGCACGUUACCAAAUCAUCAACGGCCUCGAACGUGUAGUGGAAGGUUCUUCAGCAGCCAAACGCAUUCCUGUGGUUGCGAUGGCGUUUACUGUUGGAGUCCGGUUUGCUAACAAUGUAUAUGGCGGUAUGCAAUUCGUGGAUUGGGCUAAAUUAUCCGGCGUCCAGUAGUCAAACCGGCUCCGGUUUUGUUACGAGCCAGUUUGCAAACCAGCCAUAUAAGUUUCCGUCUGAGAUCUUAAUCUGAUGGGGUUUGUUGGUUAAUUGAAUAUCGUUAGUGGUUAGGUUGUUUACCGAGAGCUAGAGAUAGAAUCUGGUUCAUGAUCUGGACCUGACCGGAUUCUGCUAACCGGAUUACUCGAACGGAAACCGAAACAAAACAUUUUCGAUUUGGUUUUUGGAAGUUCUCUCGUAAUUCUCCAAUUUCCUUUUUAGUAUGCAAUAAUGACAUUUUUCACAUUAAUAAAUAGGAAAAUUAUAUGUUGUUUCCAUUAUUAAAUUUUAGUGUACAACAGAAAUUUUCCAUUAUUCUCAUCUCCAUAAUCUUAUAAAUU